CUGAUAUUCCCUUCAAAGGCGUAUUUAAAGUGGCUUUAACUGCAAGACGUCUUAGAGGAUCCGGCCAGUGCACCAUAACAAAAAAUUCCGCACAUCCAGAGACUGUUUUAUUUUUUAAAGACGCGUACUGUAGGAGUGGCACACUCACAGGGGAUUUGUGUACACGGGUUUCUCUGGGUGAGUAUUUUUAUUUGUGGGUUUAUUAUACGGAUCAUCAUCAUCUCGGGUCGCUCUCCUGUCCUUCCCCCUGGCUCGACGCUGUCGACACUGUCUGAGCGGUGCCAAAACUGCUGCUUAGCUGGCGCACGGCUGACAACAGUGCAGAGCCACGUCUGUAAAAGAGCUGCUGCAUGCAGGCACAGGAGAUUUAUGAAGCUUUCAAGGCCUUUUGAUUGAUAAGCCACUCGAUGGGGAUUCACCGGCGAGCUCCCUGCUGUGUGUCCUGCCCUGCAGCCCACUGCCUGCCCUCUCUCUUCAACACCUCCUUCACCGAAAUCAUGAAACUAGUAUUAACUGAAUGGCAAAUGAUAUGGAUUUUUACUGUUUCCAAUAGACAGUAAACACACACGCACCAUUUACACACACCACACAUAUACACUUAGCCAUUCUCACACACACACACACACACACACACGCACACACGCCUCAUUCCUACUGUCACAUACAUACAUACAUACAUACAUACAUACAUUUGCUCACACCAAAGGGAGUGACCUCAUGACAAAGCCAUAUCUCCCUCACGGGUGCUUACCAAAACAACCUGAAAAAGUUCUGCUAAGAGCUUCACGGCACGUCCUUGAGGAACCAAAACGGAAUGUAUUCUACCCAGUGAGUGUCUGAGUCUUCUCAACAGUGUACUUCGAUCACCAAAAGGAGCUGCUUGGAUUUUAAUGUGCACCAUUCACCUUUUGAAUUGAUUUGGCUUUAUUUUGGUUUCACGCGUCAGUAAAGAGUGAGGUGUCCUUCCAUUGCCGAUUGCAUGCCGACAACGAUGGCGCCCCAGAACACUGAUGCAGAUGCUAUGCAGGUGCAGGAGGUCGUGGUGGUCCCUGCCAAGGUGGCCAGCAGAGGUUCAGACAGAGGUGGAGGAGGGGACAGGGCUAACGCUGCAGGUGGAGCCAGCGGACGGGACCAGGAGAGUCAGGAGGAGUCUGCAAGCGAGGGUUCUAUAGACAGCAUCCCCUUGCGCCAGUGGGUUAUGAAUGGAGCCAUCAUGUUUGGACGAGAGUUCUGCUACGCAAUGGAGACAGCCCUGGUGACGCCUGUACUGCUGCAAAUUGGUCUUCCAGAACAGUACAACAGCCUAGUGUGGUUCCUGAGCCCCAUCCUGGGCCUCAUGUUCACUCCUUUGAUCGGAUCAGCUAGUGACCGCUGCACUUUGCGCUGGGGUCGCCGCCGGCCCUUCAUCCUGGCACUGUGUGUGGGUGUGCUCCUCGGCGUAGCGCUCUUCCUUAACGGAUCUUUAAUAGGUUUGGCUAUAGGAGACGUGCCCAACAGGCAGCCUAUAGGCAUUGUGCUGACCGUGCUUGGUGUGGUGGUGCUGGAUUUCUGCGCAGAUGCUGCUGAGGGGCCUAUAAGAGCAUAUCUGCUGGAUGUGGCUGAUACAGAGGAGCAGGAUAUGGCUCUCAACAUCCACGCCUUCUCAGCAGGACUGGGAGGCGCUGUGGGUUAUGCACUUGGUGGUCUUGAUUGGACAAACACCUUCCUUGGUCAGGCUUUUAAGUCACAGGAACAAAUCCUGUUUGUGUUCGCGGCUGCAAUAUUCAUCGUCUCAGUGGCACUGCACCUCUUCAGCAUCGAGGAGGAACAGUAUAUCCCGCAGCAGGAACGGCUGGAUGAGGAGGCUUACAGGACGGCCUCUGUCAAACCGAAUGUCCUGCUAGGUCUUCCGUCAUCGCAGCAGCAGCUGGAUCUGAUUCCUGAGGAUGAGCCCUAUGAGCGUGAAGCCCACUCAGCUGAGCCAGAGCUGGACUUCCUGGAUGUGGAGCUGGUGCGCAGUAAGAGUGACUCAGUGCUGGCCAUGGCUGAUGGCACGCUGGAGCAUGAGGCUCUCUUUUUACGCCAGAUUGAGCCUUCCAUCUUUCACGAGCGUUUAUCGUCGUACCACAGCAGCCAAGAGUUCCCACAUGGGCGCUUCAGCCUCAGCCGUCUGUCAUCCUUAGUGCAUGAGCCAGAAGGUGAAGAGGUGCCACUCCAUGCAGAACCCAAAGCCCCCAAUGGCCAUCCAGCCGGGCACAGUGAUCCCACCGGAAAUUCCCAGCCACUUCCAACAAAUGCGCUCAAAUGCUCCAGUGCUGGAGCUGCCAUCCGGCGCCGGCGCCACACUUUCUACCGCCAGUCAUCCUGUACUUUCUCCUACUAUGGACGUCUGGGCUCACAUCGCUACCGCUACAGGCGUGCCAAUGCCGCCGUGCUUAUAAAACCAUCACGCAGCAUGAAUGAUAUCUACGAGAUGCAGCAGCGGCAGAGGAGGGGGCAGCGGCACAGGGCUCGGCACCAAAGCGGCAACACUACAUCCAGUGGAGACACUGAGAGCGAGGAAGGUGAAAUAGAGACUACUGUACGCCUCCUCUGGAUGUCCAUGCUAAAAAUGCCCAAAGAAUUACUGCGACUUUGUGUUUGUCACCUGCUCACCUGGUUCUCCAUCAUCGCCGAGGCUGUGUUCUACACUGACUUUAUGGGACAAGUCAUCUACGAGGGUGACCCCAAGGCUCCUUCAAACUCUACUGAGCUUCAGAGCUACCAUAAAGGAGUGCAGAUGGGCUGCUGGGGGCUGGUAAUCUACGCUGCUACUGCUGCUGUCUGCUCAGCUUUACUCCAAAAGUACUUGGACAACUUUGACCUCAGCAUAAGGGUCAUCUACAUUCUGGGCACUCUGGGUUUCUCCAUCGGCACGGCUGUCAUGGCCAUUUUCCCCAACGUCUACGUGUCCAUGGUGAUGAUCAGCAGUAUGGGUAUCAUCUCCAUGAGCAUCUCCUACUGUCCAUAUGCUCUACUGGGCCAGUACCAUGAGAUCAAAGAGUAUAUCCAUCACAGCCCUGGUAACUCAAAGCGAGGCUUCGGCAUCGACUGCGCGAUCCUAUCAUGCCAGGUGUACAUCUCUCAGAUCAUUGUGGCGUCAGCAUUGGGUGCAGUGGUGGAUGCAGUGGGCAGCGUGCGUGUAAUCCCCGUGGUGGCAUCUGGUGGCUCCUUCCUGGGUUUCCUGACCGCUUGCUUCCUGGUCAUCUAUCCAGGAGAUGGUGAUGGGGAGAAGAGUGAGCAGAACAAAGCUCUCACCAAUUCCAGCAACGCAGAGAAUGACACCAGCACCGAGAAGCCUAGUGUCCUGAAGCUCACACGCAAAGGCACCACUACCACCACCUGCAACGUGGAGUGCGAAUCCACGCUGUGAUGAAGUGGCUGUGGAGCUCACAUUCCCUCCUCCAUCCCAGCAUGAUUCAGCUUUCACCAGGGAGUGGUGUAGAUUUUAUUUGUUUGUUCAUUUGUUUGGAGAGGCAUUGGCAUUCUUGAACCUCAGGGCCACCAGGGGGCGCAGGACACAAGAAAUAACAAAGGCAUUGCGGUCUGUCCCUUUCUCUCAAUAUAUAUUUAUCUAUUUAAGCAUGCACUUCAUCCAAUCAAAGAUCCUACUUCCAUUCUAAGUGCAAGAGCUACUUAUGUAAUGUAAUCUAAUCAAAAUGAAAAUUAGUUGUGUAAGAGAAUCAUUCGGAUUCUAGGUUUUGUUCCCCUUUUGAUUAUCCCUUCAUGUUUGCUUGUUUGGUUUUAUGGCCUCCUGUCCAAGAAGAGGAAGUGUCCCCAAGUACAUUUACAUGAAGUAAUAUUUAAUUCUUCUUUUUUAAAAUAUCUAAACUAUCCAAGCUCCUGGUGGAUUUAUGUAAAGCAGAACACCCAAAGGUUUAAAACAGACCCAAAUCCUCAGCUCUGUAUUUCUCUAACCUUUUAUAGUGUUUUAGUUUGUGAAAAACUGCUAAAGGUAGUACUGGGAGAAGGAAUUGCUUCUCCUUCAAAGAUUCCUACCAUUCCCAGGGUCCUUUGCUCUAUCUAUGAGCAGUUCAUAUAAUCAGUAUAUAUAUAUCAGUUUCAUACAAAAAAAAAACACAUACAUACAAAUCUUUCACCCAUUUGGUGGAAGGGCUUUACUACUUAACAAAUAAUGUUGUAACAAAUCUCGAUGCUGCAAGUGAGUCUAUAGAGCACAUACCAAAUGGAGCAAAUAUGUGAAAAUAUUGGAAGAUGCCUUAUGUGUCUUUCAGUUCAGUUUUCAGUAACGGGAUGUAAUUGGAGUCAGCUCAGUUGUCGUGUAAAGUGAGUGCCUGUACAUGGGGCUUGAGGUAAUCAGGAAGGUGCCUGAGGAACAUGUCUUUACUUUUUGGCAGAACUGUGCAGUGAAUUCAGCAAAAAAAAGAAAAAAAGUUUUUAAUCUAGUUCUCCACCUUCCUGUUUUGCAUUCUCUUGAACAGAGGGUGUUUGGGACUGGAGUGCUGCACCCUCGGUAGUAAUGUUUACAUUCUCUUUCACUGCUGCAUGUUGGAAGUCGUUUUUUUAACCCCUUCCACACCAAGAUCCUCCCAAUUUUCAAGUCAUCUUUGGCACCUUGGCUCCUCCAUGGCCUCCGGUUCAGUUCCAGUUUACUCUACAACGGUGCAAUACGCCUGUGAUGGUGGACACUGGGAUGGUUGUAUGCGGAAUCGUUCCAACUGGUCUUCUGGGUUUGUUACAUUUGGUGUGAAGUGGUGAGAUUUCUGACUUACUCAAGGCUGGAAGACCAGUCUUGACCUUAGGUCAGGAUCCUUUAGGGACAUUACGAGACACGAUAUUUACUUCCAUAUUGCUGUUUAGCAUGUCAGACACUCUGAAGCAUGUUGACGAUAUUUGUGUUUCCCUUGAAGCAGAUUUGUACUUAUAGCUAUCUUUAUACAGUGUUAAAACGAAGUCAUAAGCUGAAAUAUGUUUUUUUGGAAUGUUAAUUAAAAGAAGAAAAAAAAAUCGAUAAACCAAACUUGAAAAUAUAUAAAUAUAAAUAUAUAUAUAUAUAUAUAUAUAUAUAUAUAUAUAUAUAUAUAUAUAUAUAUAUAUAAAUAUAUAUAUAUAUAUAUAUAUAUAUAUAUAUACUAAUAUACUAUACACAUAAGGCUUAUUUUCAGACAAAUCAGACACAGUUGCAAUAAUAAUGUUACUUGCCUCAGAACGUGUGAACGUUUGAGUGCUGAAUUUUUCUACCUAGUGCAUGAGGAUGUUGCGUCCUAGAUACUAAAGAAAUGCAAUACGUUUUAUGAAGGCCAUAUAGCCUCUAUAAUGAACUGCAAACAUGGAAAUGACGUGUUAUAAUGCAUUUAUAAGGCAUUGUUUAUGUAUUCUGAGCAUUGUAGCACAAUUACAAUAUCCGUAUUUGUUCAGGGCUAAAAAAAAAUAUAUAUAUAUCCUUAUCUUUCUUCAGUUUAAAACAUGAAGUAGGCAUGGUCUCUAUCAUUUGGUUUUUAUUAAACGAGCCAGAUCAAUAUUCUACAUAGGACAUCUCUGGACAAAAUCCCAGAGGAUUAUUAUUUGUCUCAACUAGAACUGUAUGUGUAAGGAUUUAAGUAAGGAUGUGUAACAAGCCCGAACAGGCAGUUACUAACAAGGAACGAAUGAACAUUGUAAAAGCAUUAUUUGUCCAUUUCUAUAUCUAUUUAUUUUUUUUAUGUUUAAUCACAUCUCUCCAUUCCAAACACUGUAUUCAUAUUUGAAUACACCUAAUAAUAGUUUUUUUCUUGAUCAUGAUUUACAUAGAAUUGAUAAAUACUACUUUAUACAAUCUAAUAAGAGUUUAUACAUUUUUUAAAACUUGAGUUUUAGCAACAAUAAAAAAGAUGCCACAAUACAUAAUACACAAAAAAAUAAAUACAGAAAUCGUACAGGGCUUCAUUUAUCGAAACAUAAUAUGCAAGCUGAGUUUCUUACAUGUGUGUUAUGUAGACUAUAUUUAAUGCACAAUAUUAACAAUUAAUAAUAUAAAGUGCAUUUUUCUUAAUAUGUAUAGGAUAAUGCCUUGAAAAUGUGUCAUAACAUAUUAGAUAUGGUGGAUAUAUGUCGGAAUGGAUAUGAAUAUGGCCUUCAUAGAAAGUGUUAUUGAUAAGUACUCAUUACUUAAAAAUAUUAGAGACUUGGCUUUAGUCAGAGGACAGGUCUCUAUUUUUUUUUUAAAUACUUGAAGUGUGCUGUAUUUGUUUGGGUUCUUUUUUUUGUGAUGCUUUUUCUGAUGAUCCAAGAAGUUGUAUGGUAAAGAGCUGGAUGAAGGGAUGCUGGAAGAGUUGGACUUGGUUCGGUUGGUUUUGCUCUAUCAGGAGGCAUGUUCAUUUCAUGUGAAUGUAACUAUUGUCAUUUUAUUGUUUUUUUAUUAUGAGCAAAAGAUCUGAUAUUGCAAAGAACUUGCACACACGGGCUGUUGUCCCUGACUCGGAUUAUGCACAGUCUUGGACUACGAAGGAUUUCCGAUGGAGUUACACCUUUUACUGUGCAAGCUAGUUCAAGAUGAGGCUUAAUCCUUGUCUGUAGAAGGAUGCCCACACAGAGUUUUAAGAAAAUAAAAACUGUGGAUAUUUAUUUUUGAGCUCUUUCAUGUUCUACAAAAAUGCUUUGGCUUUAUUUAAAGAUGAAGAUCUAAUUAUAGAAAGAGAUUUAUUAUUAACUGUUGUACUAAAUGCAAAUUGAAGUAUGCGUUGAAAAAGAUCAGAGUUGUGUGUGUGUGUGUGUGUGUGUGAGCAUGUGUGUGUCUGUGUAAUGUCAGAAUUAGACUCUAGCUGUCUACAUUUCUUAGUUUACAGACCUUAAUUUAAAGCAAAUGUCACUUAAAGUCGAUGAUUCUCAUUAUAUGUAGUUCAAGGUAUGUGAUUUACUGAAUAAUCCUUUAUUAUUGCCUCCUUUAUCAAUUAUGAUUGUGUGUUUGUUCCGUGUUUAUUGUUUUGAAGAAAGUAAGUGGAUGUUAGCGAUGUUACGACAGACAAAAAUGUAUGGAGGAGGACAGAAUAUCUGCAGUGUACUAUAUGCCUUGUUAUUUGAAAGUUGUAUAUAUAUUCCUUCGAAAUAGUUUCUUUUGCUGCUAUAUAUAUAUAAAUAUAUAUAUAUAUUAAAAAAAAAGCUGAUUAUUUUUAUUAGUUUCAUUUUCUAAGAACUGUACAGAACAUCUGUAAAUAUGCACAAGCCUUCAAAUGUAGACCUAUUCAGGAACACUGUAUUGAAUGCACCUUUAAAGAAUCACUGAAAGAAACUUGUGGAGGUGUCUUCUUUUUUUAUCUGCACUGAAUAACUGCAUGUAUGAGUGAUUUCUGGCUACCGGAUAUAUAGAGUGCAUAGGUUUGUGUAUGAUUUUGAUGGGGCUGUGGAUGUCCUUUUUUAAUUGUGGUAAUGAUGGAUAAUAACAUCUAUCA